AUGGAGUCUCUUACAAAGGGUCUACGAUGGAGAAAAACAUCUCUAAAACCUAUUCAAAUCACCAAGAGAGGUCUUGAAACCACCAUUACAAACGGCAUCAAUGGUGGCAGUAUCAACCACGAUUACGACAGUGUUAAUAACCAGUAUAUGACAACGAGCGGUGAAGAGCAACCAUUGAGCCCAGCUGCACGUUUAUUCCAUGAACCAAAUUUCAAUGUGUACGUCAUAGCGAUUAUAGGUUCCAAGAACCCCAUCAACCCUUGUAUUAUUUACGAGAAGUUGCCACACACACUGCUUAAGCAUCAUCGUUUCUCUAGUUUGCAGGUUGUGGACGACAAAAAUGGCGGAACGAUGAAAUGGGUUCCAACAGAUGUGAAUUUAGAUAACCACAUCAUCAUCCCUACCAUCCCACAAACCCUAGAUUCCCCUGAUAAAUUCCUCGAAGAUUAUGUCUACAAUCUCAGCAAAACCUCCAUUGAUUCUUCAAAACCCAUGUGGGAUCUCCAUCUCCUCAACCUCAAAACCUCCGACGCGGAGGCCGUCGGAAUCUUCCGCAUACAUCACUCCCUAGGCGACGGCACCUCCCUCAUGUCUUUGCUACUUGCUUGUACUCGCCAGAUCUCUAAUCCCGACGCCGUCCCCACCAUUCCCACCAAUAAGAAUUCCGGCUGGUUUUCCUACUACAGCUCCAGAUCCGGCAGUGGAGACCCGUGGUGGCGCCGGUGGUUCAUGAUGGUUUGCAUGGGUUUCUGGCUGGUUUGGAAUACGUUAGUGGAUGUGGCGUAUUUUAUGGCGACUGCAUUGUUCUUGAAGGACACAGAAACGCCGUUAAAAGCUCCGGCGGGGGCUGAGUUUACUCCGAGGAGAUUCGUUUACCGGACGGUUAGUCUUGACGACAUGAAGCUCGUCAAGAAUGCCAUGAAUUUGACGAUUAACGACGUUGCAUUAGGCGUCACUCAGGCUGGAUUAUCACGGUAUCUCGACCGUAGAUAUGGUCAGAAAGGUGCAACCUCAACUGCGAAGAAAAACAACCUCCCGAGAAAGAAGAUACGUUUGCGUUCGACGCUUUUAAUCAACUUAAGACCGUCUUCAGGCAUUCAAGCAUUGGCGGAUAUGAUGGAGAAGAACACUGAAGCGAAGUGGGGAAAUUGGAUCGGUUACGUGCUCUUGCCAUUCACCAUUGGUAUAAGAGAUGAUCCGAUAGACUAUGUUAGAGAAGCCAAGGCCACGAUUGAUCGCAAAAAGCACUCCCUCGAGGCAUUGUAUACAUUCUCAAUAUCCGAGUUGGUUCUUAAAUUUUUUGGCAUUAAGGCAGCAAGCUCGCUUUCACACAAGAUCAUCACUCAUACAACGUUGUGUUUCUCAAACCUGGUUGGGCCUCUCGAAGAAAUUGGCUUUUAUGGCCAUGGCAUGGAAUUCAUUGCUCCUAGUUCUUACGGUCAACCACAUGGUUUGAUGAUUAAUUUCCAAAGCUAUGUGAAUAAGAUGACAAUAGUCCUUUCGGUUGAUGAAAGUACCAUCCCAGAUCCUCACAAGCUAUUAGAUGAUCUUGAAGACUCGCUAAAACUCAUCAAAGAAGCAGUGUAUGCAAAGGGACUUGUUAAGGAGGAGAGCAUGCCACAAGCUGCAUUUGCAUAAAUGUUCAAACUUCGUGUUUUAAGAGAUCUUAGAAUUUUAGUUUUUUGUAUGAUUUGUUUUGUAUUUCUUUACAUUAGUAUGUGUACUUAAACAAGUGU